CUCAAUGACGAAGAGCGUCUUCUGAUCACUUUGAAGGAAGAUGAAGCCCUGCCUUGGAAGGAAAUCGCAGCUCGUUUCAGCAACCAGCUGGGUCAAUCAAUCACCGUUGCUACACUGCAGAUGCGAUACCUUCGCCUGAGACAACGCUUCCGAAGCUGGGAGGAGCGCGACAUUGAGGCGUUGCGACAGGCUCACGAGUACUGGGAGAAGUGCAAGUGGGAUAUAAUCAGCACAAAGGUAAGCCGUCAACAUGUCUAUGGCGUUGAUCAUUUUCUGACAAAUUUGUUACAGAUGCUUGAAUUCGGCGUGGAAGAAAAAUGGCCUUCCAGACACUGCGCACGCAAGUGGGCGGAUAUG